AUGUCGCCCUUCCGUCCUCGAAAGAAACGGCCCCCGUUAUCUGCCUCUAGCACUGCCUUCCUUGACCUACUUAAAGGCAGGAAGGUGGAUGGACGAUGGAUCGACUCGGAAUGAGGAGGAAAGAGAGGGAAAUCGAUGAAGCCAAGCAGGGGGAAACAAACGGCUUCCUCUGUGGCGAGCGGUGUCCAUGCAAAAGAGACGCGCGCGCGCGCUCACUCCCUCACAAGAAAAAGAAAAUAUUACAAAAUCCUUUUCCCUACGACUGGCCUGGGUGGCUCGCUUCUCGUUCUCGAUUCGCGGUAUAGCAAAGCCGGCUCGACGUCCCCCUUUCCUCUAUCGAUGAUGAUGAUUUUUUAUUUUCUCCCUCUCCUCUUCCUUUACUCGAGCCCGAGAUUGUCGGAUGCGUGACUGAACAAAUCGAGAAAAGCGAAGCGAAGAGGCAGGAGGGAGAAAAAUAAGGAGGGGAUAGAGGGGAGGAGGAGGAGGGGGUGGG